GCUGAAACCACGUCGAUCUCCGCCUGUCAAAAAUAUAAUUUAAUUAUUGAUUUCAAAUCGGUUGAGAUCCACCGAAAAUGCCGAGUGAGUAGUGCUUACAAGCUGCUAAACGUCAGGGUUGUAUCUCCGCUACAUCCGAGAUGCGCGAUGAUCAUCCUUUUACUUCCACAACCACUGCUUUCGAAUCGAAUUAAUGCGACACCCCUUUCAAAUAAGAUUAUGGAAAGAUUAAAGCUCCUAUCGAUGUGAAUGACCAGCAAUGAGCGGCUGCCACCUGCACUGGGCAGGUCUACAGGUAGUAGUGAUGUAAAAUGAAUCUAACACUUCAUAAAUCCUUAUCUUUCCUCUUAAAUAGAAAUGAUUUCUCUCAUCGAUAUAAAGCCAUGCAACACAUCAUGAAUUCCAUUCAAAACAGCGUGGCAGGAAAUUAUAGUCAACCUCUACGCUUCACAGAAAACGGAUCCUUUCAAAUCUCGAUAUUCUCCGAUCUCCACUAUGGAGAAUCCGAAUCCUCCGUGGGCCCUGAGAAUGACGCCCGAACGACCAAUCUCAUGCAAAAUAUCGUCACCACCGAAAAGCCACAAUUAAUCGUCAUCAACGGCGACCUGGUAUCCGGCGAAGCGACCGAUCGGUCGAAUUCUACCUCCUACGUGGAUCGCGUGCUGGGGCCGUUGGUGGAUUUGGAUAUCCCAUGGGCGUCUACGUACGGGAAUCAUGAUAGUGAUAGGAAUCUGUGCCCGGCGGAUGUGUUUGAGCGGGAUACAUCGUAUGCGAACAGUUUGACGCAGAGCAUGGUGGAUGAUUCUGGGGCGGGAUUCACGAAUUACUAUCUCCCGGUGUUUCCGCAUAAUUCGUCUAUCGAUGUCCCGGAGAUGAUAUUGUGGUUUUUCGACUCGCAAGGCGGAAAUACCUGCGUUCAAGAUGACGAUGACACUUCCAAGUCGCGACAAAACUGGAUCCAUCAAUCGGUAAUCGACUGGUUCAUCCACACCAACGCAAAUAUCUCGACACAAUACAACACGACCAUCCCAUCCCUUGCAUUCGUCCAUAUACCGGCCUACGCAAUGCGCGCAUAUCAACAGACCGGUAUCGACAAUCGCAUCAAACCCCGCAUUAACGGCGAACGCGUCAAUCAGCAAGGGUACCUUAGCAGUGACGACGACUACACGGGGCAGGAUUUUGAGUUUAUGAAAGCAUUGCUGGAGACGAAGGGGUUAAUCGCGACAUUUAGCGGUCAUGACCAUGGGAAUGAUUGGUGUUUUAACUGGAAUACUCAACUCCCCACGAUGAACUUGACCGGAAAUGGGUUGAAUAUGUGCUAUGGUCGACACACUGGGUACGGAGGAUAUGGCGAUUGGAGUCGAGGUGGACGACAGGUUUUACUCCAGCAGGAGCAGAAUGCCACAUCGUCUGUGCAAACCUGGAUUCGACUAGAAGAUCAAACGGUCACUGGUCGGAUGGGGUUGAAUUCGAAGUCUAAUCUGAAUCCGACGGAGAAUUUGACCAGCACAGCUAGCUCGAUGGAGGUGCCUUUGCUAUCUUUGGUUUAUUUAUGGGUGGUGUUGGCUUGGCUGAUAUAGAUUAGAUUAUAGAUGCAAUAAUGGAUACAUUAAUCCUGACGAUGCCAUCGUAAAGCACUGUUAAAAGCAGCAUCGACAUCAGAUCGUCGAAAACCCGGUGCUCGACCCAGGAUGACCAUUCCACGGACCAGCAAGUCAAAAAAGCACUGCACAUCCAGAAUCCCCCCAUUGCUGAUCCCCGGAAACAACGAUGAAUGCCCAUCCAGACUCACUCCCCUCUCUUCCAGAUAGCCCUGGACAUCAUGACAAUCAAACCACUCACCAUGCAACUGAAGCAUUUCCAAUCGCGCCUGAAUAUCCACCGACUUCUUACAC